UUCUGGAAGCCAGCAAAAAUGGCGUGUCGCCAUUAAUGAAUGAGAGCAUCAGUUCCAUAGAUUCUGUUCACACUCUAAUGUCAGAGGCCAAGCAGGUACCUGCCCUUCGUCCACCGGCAACCACCCUUCCAGACGCCGCCCCUGAGGCUUUUCUUCCAUGAACACGUCUCCUCCCCAUGAAACCUCUGCCACAAUUCCGUCGAAUUUCAUCAACCAAACCUACCUAAUAGUUCACACCUUUCCUCCCCAUAAAAGCUUCUUCGUGUUCGAUCGCAUUCAUAACCACACACCAACCAAUACGUAGAAAGACAACUUUGUUGGCAUAAUUAGAACAAGCCAGACCCAUACAAAAGGAGGCAUCAAAGAGAAAUCCUAUCCUCUGCGACCUUUCUUCCCCCCUUCUUGCCAUCUGUAGAUCGUGCGUUAUUCGUACUUCCACUGUCAGAGAAAUCCCCAACGAUGGCAGAAGACAGCUCUCAAGCCCCCAGCUCCGUUUAUGAUUUCACAGUGAAGGAUAUUAAAGGAAAUGAUGUGAGCCUGGCCACUUACAGAGGAAAAGUUCUUCUGAUAGUCAAUGUUGCUUCUAUGUGUGGACUGACAAACUCAAACUACAAGGAACUCAAUGUUCUGUAUGAGAAGUAUAAAGGCCAAGGAUUUGAGAUCUUGGCAUUUCCCUGCAAUCAGUUUGCUGGUCAAGAACCAGGCAGCAAUGAAGAGAUCGUUGAAGUUGCUUGUACUAGGUUCAAGGCUGAAUUUCCCAUCUUUGACAAGGUGGAAGUGAACGGCAAGAAUGCAGCUCCAGUCUAUAAGUUCCUUAAAACACAGAAAGGUGGGAUAUUCGGUGAUGGCAUCAAGUGGAAUUUCACCAAGUUCUUGGUGAACAAAGAUGGAAAGGUUGUCGAGAGAUAUGCACCAACCACAUCUCCCAUGAAGAUCGAGAAGGACAUCCUGAAUCUGCUGGGAGCUUCGUAACUUUCUUGUGAUUGAUGAUAUCCUGAGUCUGACUACUUUCCACUCUGGAUAAAUCCUUUUCUUUUCUCUUUGUUCUCUUCAGAAAAUACUGUUGCCAGUCCUUGUAAUGAUGGGGCAUCUUAAAGUGUGGACUUAGUUAUUGCAUUUUGCCUUUUCUGGCAUAUGCCUAAAUACAUAAAGUUUGCAUAGACCA